GGACCUGCUCUUGUCGUGAGCUACGUGCAGAGUUCACAUCUACCACCAAAUAUCUCAAUCGACCAUCCCAUGAAGACGUAUAUCAGGAGCGCGCACAUCUCACCAGUCUCAAGCGAUCCGGAGAGCGCAUUUACUUUGUUUUACGAGCGUCAGUGAACUUACAGCCCGCGAUGCUUGCGUUUAUACGAUUAUUGAUUUGCUAAUAAUGCGUACGGACGUGUGCACGUUUAAAGCCUUGAUUUGAUUCGUUUGUGGUCGGUUGAUAGAAGGUGUGUGUUAUAUCGCGCUGAAUUUGAGCUCUUUCGUCUGUUUGGGUUUGUGAUCGAGGGAGGAGUGGCAGGGAAACGGCUGGCUCCUGAAUUCUGAUUCCUGCCUAAAAUCCACAAAGAUGAUAUAUCUGCCAGUGUUAUCCAUGACCUCAGAUUUACAGCAUUACAGUUUCAGGAUGCCGAAUAUAGGGUUCCAGAACCUUCCCCUCAAUAUCUACAUUGUGGUCUUUGGGACGGCCAUUUUCGUCUUCAUUCUUAGCCUACUCUUCUGCUGUUACCUGAUUCGGUUACGGCAUCAGGCACACAAAGAGCUCUAUGCAUACAAGCAGGUUAUUCAAAAGGAAAAGGUCAAAGAAUUAAACUUGCAUGAGAUUUGUGCGGUGUGUUUGGAGGAAUUCAAGCAGAAAGAUGAGUUGGGAAUCUGCCCGUGUAAACAUGCCUUUCACAGAAAGUGCCUUAUUAAAUGGCUGGAGGUGAGGAAGGUAUGCCCGCUGUGCAACAUGCCCGUCUUGCAGCUGGCGCAGCAGCAGACCAUGUCCGAAUCCGUGCCCCCAACGCAGCAGCCUCUGCCCGGAGUGGAGAACCUGGUGUAACCCCUCCUGUUUCUCCUAAAAAUGCGACCACCACUACCUUCACACUCCCUCCUGUACAGGUACACGCUCACAUCCAAGGACAGAGCGCAGGAUUUGUGCCCCGAGCCACGGUGACCUGCGACCUGCACACGUUCAUGGCCUGCCUCGGUGGCUUUACAAAGGAUUUGUUUUUUCCAAAUUACAAUAAUAGAUGAUUCACUCAAUCUAUCUUAUUCGGGCUACGUUUUUCCCCUCCCCGUGGGGUAAUGAAGAAGAAUUGAGUUUACUUGGCCAAGCCAUGAUUAAAGUAACCGUUCCAACACCAAAGCACUUUUUUUGAGGACACCAGAGAGAGGCCUAAAAAAAUAACAUUAAAAAUACAUUAAGAAAAACUGAAAUUACUUUUUAAUUUUUUUGUUUUUGUUUUUUUAACAAGCACUUUACACAAAACUCAAACCUAGUUGCUUGUGAUAGUAGCAAGAUCUUCUUUUCUAUUUUAUGAUUUCAAACUUUUUUUAGAGCCACAGAGCAAACCAUCGGUUUUAUUUUAUUAGAGAGGUUUACGUUUAUACUGUAUAUUAAAGGGAUAGCAGCUCUUCGGUGUGUAUAUGUUUGUUUGUGUGAGUGUUUAUGUGUCGACGGUCAGUAGAAUGGCUGUAUCGAUGGAUACGGUUCGCAGUGACCUUUAGCUGGUGGCCAAAACAAGGUCAGGAUGUGACCCAGCAGUAUUUGAUCAGUGUCUUUAUAUUUGAAAUGCUUUUUAACUGAGGGCUGUGUUGAAUACGCACAAAUACACACACAUCAGUACCUUUGAGUUCAAGGCCUAAAAAAAAAGUCUAAAGCAAAGGUUAAAAAACAAAACUAAAUAAAUAAAUUAAAAAAACAGCGGUCUGCUUACUUCUCUAAACCCCAUAUGUGUGUGUGUGUGUAUAUAUAUAUAUAUAUAUAUAUAUAUAUAUAUAUAUACACACACACACACACAAUUUAUUUAACAAAUUUAAUAUGUUUAAUUUCUAGAUGCAAAUCAUAUUAUGCCUGCCAAAACUUACUGCUCUAAACCCCUUCAUAGUUAAAGUAUUAGUCAGUUUCUGGCACAACGAGUCUUACGUUUUUUUACAGAUGUGUUACAGAACUAAUGGAAAUAGUUGCAAAUUAAAUGAGGGCUUUUAAACAAAUUUAAACCGAACAAAAUGUCCCGAGUUUGUCUUUUUAUGAAUUACUAUUUAUUCGCCAGGUACUGCUGAGAUGUAUUAUAUUUUCUUAGACAUUACAAAUCUCACGCGAAGCUGUAGCUCUAUGCAAAACAGCCUAUGUGUGCGCGUGUGUGUGUGUGUGUUUGUGUUCGUACUGGCUCUCAUAUUGUGCUGCAUAGCUUUCUGAAAAUAUACUUGGCAUAAAGCCCCAGAUCUGUCUCCCAAGAAAUAUUAAUAAAUUAAAUGCCUCUCUAGUGAGGCAAAUCAAACUAGACGGGCUACAGGAACAAACUGAGAUUUGACCUGAAGUCACACACACACACACAAUCUAGUAUCAUUCCAGCAUCUUCCAGCACAACGCAGAAUCCUCAGCCAUUAAGAUCAAUGAGCAGCAGGUGGAUUCAGUCAGCAGGAAAGGCCGCUCUUUAUUCUUUGUAAUAUAAUAGAAGCUCUGGCUCUUUCCUGCUCUAUUAUACCGCUAUUUUGCAGGGUCAUCCCAGCAACCUGCCACAGGGGUCCGGCGGGGUCUCUGAGCCCUCCGUGUUAAGCCACUCUAGAAGGGAAAUGUGUAUGAUAUUUUGUAAAUGUGCUGGCCGCAACACCACAAGCGAUGCCAGAUGUGAAAACAAGCAGAAUUAAACUAAAUCAGCGCUGGUUAGGUUCGAAGUGCCGAUUAAAUGGUUUACUACCCAUUCAUUGCCAAGCAAACUGCCCACCACAUUCUGAAAUGUAUCUUUGUGUUUUUUUUUCGAAGGCUAGACACAGAUUGUGAAUCAAGAGCUUAUUUAAUUUUAAUUUAUUUUAACUUUCGUUUGCAUAUGCUGAGUGUGUGAAGAAACGAAAAGACAUUUCUUUCGGCUUUUUUUUCUUUGUUAACUUGGUUUGCUCUGGUACUGUCUUAACAAAAAAUGUAUAACACUGAGGGUCUCCUUUAGACUUGUUAUUCCUUAUCAUGGACAAAUACUGUCGAGUCCUAAAUUAGGAUCUCUCUUUCGUCUCUGUGGCGUUUGUAACACAGCGGGUCUUAAAGAGUCACUCUGAUCACGAAUGUAUGCAUAUGGAGAGCUGUGGUUCAACCGUGUCAAUAUAAUGUGAAAGUAGUCGAUUGUGUCUAAAAUCAAGAAUUACAUUACUGCACUUUUUCAUAUUCUUCCGUUUUGGCGGCCUCUGCUUAGAGGCGGAACUGAAAUGGGGCAAAAAAAAGAAAAAGAAAAAAAAAAAGUUAUUUAUUGUGUGCUUACGUUUAAAACCCGUAACAUUUCAGUAGUACUUUUUAACAGCUCUACGUUAGUGCUAAUGCAGAUUAAGGCUUUGUGGGGAUUGUUAAAAACUGUUUCACAACAUAUCUAGAAAACUGGAGGUCAAAUAAGUGUUUAUACUGGAGCGAUAGGUUACAUUUUUUGCUCAAAACUAUUGUUUUUCUACUGAUCAUUACUGUGAGUGCCAUAUUUGGUCGACCAGUUAUAGUCUGAAAAGGCAAAAUUGCAACUUCUGUUUGUUCCUAAAAGGCUUUUUAGACUAGAUAAAAGAUUUUAUUGUGGGAAAAAAAGUCUGUUGGGAAGAUAUUGGCAGUAAUUCUGUAAAGAUAGAAAGAGUCACUAAGGCACAUGAUGUAAUUGAAAUAUUUGUAUAAUUUCUAUCAAAACUGAACUGCCAAUGAACCGCUGUGACAAUUGGACAUCCUUUCAGCUCCUCACCUCAUUCUGAUCUUUACCUAAUCUUGCUCCACCCCUCAUUAUUGUGACCUCACAGAUGUAAACACGAGCCCCACCCCUUCUCACCACAGUCUCGUUUUAACACUGCUAAUGUUUGUGAAUCUCACAAACAUGUUUGUAAAAGUAAGAAUUCUGCAGCAGAAUAUUUUCUGUACAGUAUUUGUAAACUAUAUUUUUGUAUAUUUAAUCAACAUUUUGAAGAAAAUUAAAAAAAAAUGCAAAGACGCUUUUUUUUUUCCUUACGCUAAUUUUGUGUUACAUUCAUUAAAAUAUGUUGCAUGUGACUGACUUGAAUUGUAAAUAAAGUUGCCAAGUUUUUGAAAUAAA